GAGGAAUUUGGUUUCUUUCCUUUCUUUUCUGCAACUUACUGAAGCCUGUCUCAUUGUUACCAGAGAAGCAAUAACUGUAUAUAAAGGAUUCAUUUUUCUUGAUUUAUUUCAUUUAUUUCUUCGUGAGUUCAAUACAUAACCAAACAGAAACCAAAAAUCUGACAAAAGAAAUCAAAUUAGCAAAACCCUCCCGCACACACACACACAAAAAAACCAGACUGAUGCAGGCACCGCACUUUUUUUUUAUUUCUUGAUAAACUCUGUUUCAGUAAAGAACCUGGUUUUUUUUUUUACUUGUGUUAAACAAUUGUGGAAGCAAGUGCAGAUGGUUCUAUAGGUGUCAUUUUAAGGUAUUUUUGUGCCUUUGCAUUUGGUUGAGUGAUAAUCAAGUUUUUGUAAAUGCCUGGAAAGGGAAGGUGGUUCAGUGCAGCAAGAAUAUAGUACAUGUUAGUGAAAAAUCUGAUGGAAAAAAAGCAAUUGGAUUUUAAUCAGCCGCUUCUAUCAGUGAGGAGGUUCUCCUCAACAGCAUCCACCAAAGAAGCCAAGAUCAAAAGGAAAACUGAUGAUGCUCUAUCCAGAAUAUCUCCUCCACCUGUUUACAAAUCAGAAUUGAAAUCAGGUCCACUGAGGAACCCUGGAACUGUUCCUUUUGUAUGGGAGCGAAGUCCAGGAAGACCCAAGGAUGAAAGCAAACCACAAAAUCGGGCUCUUCAACGGCCCCCUAUUGCCCCAAAGCUUCCGCCUGGCAGGAUUUUGAAAGAUCAACAGCAAGCUUCAGUUAAAGGUUCUGAAGGCGCUAAACUAGCUGAUCGUUCCCAAACAAGAAACGGCCAUUCCAGUUUUCAAAAUGAAACUAAAGAAGAAAUUUCCAAGGAGGCAAUAAAGGAUGCGUCGAGUUCUGGUUCAGAAAGUGGAGAAGAAGCUUAUGCAGAUGCACUUGAUAUCCUGUCACGAAGUGAAUCGUUCUUCUUGAACUGCAGUAUAAGUGGCGUGAGUGGCUUGGAUGGUCCGGAUUUGAAACCUUCUGGGGCUUUCUUUACAGAUCAGCAUGGUCAAGAUUUCAUGAUGGCUCGUUUCUUGCCUGCAGCAAAGGCAAUGGCUUCAGAGACUCCUCAAUGUUUUACUAGGAAGCAACCCGUCGUGCGAGAGCUACCGAGACAAAUAGCCAAGGCAACAGGUGUGGAAAGGCAUCCUCUAAAUCGAUAUAGUCCAAACAAUAUACCAAAUUAUGCUCAAGCAGAUGCAGUGGAAGAUAGUGAAGAUGAGGAUUGUGAUGAUGACAGACCCGAUGAUCCAUCACUUAAACUUUGUGGGUUGUUGCCUCAGCUAUGCUCACAGAAUUCACUUUGCUUUAUGAAUCCUGUACUAGGGAUGAGAAAGCAGGUCCCGGUACCCAUUUCUUCAGUCUGUACAACGAAGUCUGGGUCUUCAAAUGCUGCUUCUCGUAAUGUCACUGCACAUGAGCAUCAGAGGAAUGCCAUGUAUGAGAAGAGAGAAUCCAUCAAAAUUGCUUGCAAAACUGAGAACAAAAGGCUGGAUGAAUCAUCUGCGUGCAAGGGUUGGCAUAGUAAAGUGGCAUCACCCACUGACAGUCAAUUUCCUCAACCAGUCCAUGAAGAACGAAGAUGCACUGAGAUUCCUGAUAAAUGUAGGAAUUCUGCGGCAAGUGACUUUAUUCAAUGUGCAAAAGGCAGCACAAUUUUUCGAGAAUUAUUGGCCACUGAGAGCAGAGAAUGGGAAUCAGUCUCUGCAGUUUCCGUGGCUGAGAAAACUCUGUACAUAGAUUCUAUGCAUAUGGUAAAACCUCAAAAUUCUAAUUCAAGUUCGUCUGAUGCUAGAGGCUUAUCUGAAUGCUCAAAGGAUGACGUGGAGAUACUUGUAAAGAAUAGAGAAAUUGAAGAAACUGAUGAUGUGAAUUCUUCACUCCUGGAUUCCAAGCACUUGAGUACUGUGGAUGAGAAGAAAAAAUUGCGACCUGAUAGUUUGGAGUCUGUAGAUUCCUGUUUUCUAUCGUUAUCUGACAAAUCCAUUCAUGAUGUGCACAUGGCUGUGAUGGAUGGUUCCCGACAGGAUGAAGACAACAUGCAAGUUUCUAACACAUUGACCAGCCCGAAAGUGGACAAAGAUGGGAAGAUUGACUUAGAAAGCCGAUCGGAUAAAAAAUUAGGUAACCUCGAAAGUUCUCAUGUCUUUAUUCAGGAUUCAAAUGGAGUAGUGGCUGGUAAUGGCAGGAUUGAUUUAGAAAGCCAGCAGUGUAGAAAGUUAAGCAAUAAAGAGAGUUCUAUUGGCUGCUAUACACAACUACUUCUUCCCCCACCUUUGCCAAAAUCUCCGUCAGAGUCUUGGCUAAAGCGUACUCUACCUAUUGUUUCCUCAAGGAAUUCGUCCUCAAGGUCCCCUCUUGGUAUGCAUUUACAUUCUAGAGUCCAAGCUUCCAAAACACUCUCCGAUGACCCGAAGUGGGAAACAAUUGUCAGGACCGCUAAUAUACAGCAUGGGCAUUUGCGCUUUUCCGAGGAUUUGCUUGCACCAAUACCGGAAACUUAGAAGACAAGGUUCCUCAAGAGUCCGAUGGCGCAGGCAUUUACUUUGCUAGAGUGUCCACCGUUACUGGUCUUGAUGUUCUGUAAAAUAUUUGCCAUGUCCAUAUCUUUCUCUCCCAAGGUGCUCCUUCAGUUUCUUCAAGAGGAUACAUUUCGCAAUCGGAAAUCAAAAUCCCCUGCUCUUAUCAUCCAAUAAGAAGCUACGCCAUGUUAUUUCCUUGUAAAUCUUGUCAAUUUACUUGCACAGAAAAAGAUACUGUCCACACGUUUAUGUAUCAUUCCUGUAUAUGUAGGGCUUAUCUGUAAAGCAUUGGAGAUUCAUUUGUUUCUGUGAUAAAAGGAGUGGAGGGGGGAUCUGCUUUGUACAUGAUCUGUUCUUCACGUCUUCGAUCCAAAUAAUGUUAUGAAAAGAGAUACUGUUGAGGCUUA